AUGAGGUGCACAUGGAAGGGAGGUCUAUUCAACAUCUCUUCACCCGUCGAGCCGGAGGUUUUCUCCAUGAGCCUCCCGCUACCUAGCAAAAAGCCUGAAUCACUGGACGAUCAAAGGAUUAGUCUGAUGCCGACAUCUCUGCCUCAGCGGUCAGGCAGUGCUGCAGCUGCAUCAGAGUCGUGGGAUUUGUUGAGGCCAGCAAUAAAACCUUACGGGAUCUUGUGGCAGAAUCCCUGUGCUCGGGACGAGACGGUAUUAUUGCCCGUGGUAAACAUCGAACACCCCGGGCAGCAUGCAGGCGCUCUACAACACCCAGAUGAAACCGAGCCCGCUGCAGAUAUUCCAGGAGCACUUGACGAGGUCCGUCGUCGUGAGUACCGUUGCAAUAAAGUCCGAACCGAUAAGAAAGAAAGGAAGCGUGCAUUUCCCCAGAGAGGCUUCUGGAAAAAGCAGAAUUUCCUUCAGGUCAAAAACAACACCGUGCGCCUUGCAUUCGCCGUCCAGGGCGUUGACUUGCUAAAAUUGAAACGCCUUCGGUGGGGGGAGGUGCGGAAAGGGAAUACGGGCUGGUGGACGGACGACUACCAGAAUCCAAAGGUAUCGGGGCCAUCGAAAUGA